GCCUCCACCACGAACCCCAACUCCACAAACUCCCGACCCUUGCGGCGCAAUCCCGAAGAUGGUGGGCGAUGAAGACGGUGAUCUAGCCGUUGUCGGCGGGAGUCUGACGGUUACAAAAGAAGACAACUUCACUGCGCCCUGACAUACCCUGCAGCACAGCCAUCACCAUCAACCUCAGGAUCUAUCUCAUCUUAUAAUCAAGGGAAAAAAACAAAACAUAAUUACCCAUCGACUCUGACCCCUCGUUUUACAGUAUCACCACACACAUCCACCCACUUCAACCCCUUCCCAAUCAUUCAGAAUGUCGCCCAGUGCGCUCCCCGCCCAAAAGUCUUACAGCAUCGCCUCCAUGGGGGCCGAUGGCAUCGGCCCGGAGGUUAUCGAGGCCGGUGUGGAGGUCCUCAAGGCUCUUUCCGAGACUCUUGGCACAUUCGACCUCAACUUCACCGACUACGACUGGAGCUCCGAGACUUACAAGAAGACCGGAAAGUACAUCCCGGACGGCGGUCUUGAGCAGCUCAAGAAGCACGACGCCAUUCUCUUCGGCGCCGUCGGUGCCCCCGAUGUCCCUGACCACAUCUCCCUUUGGGGCCUCCGCUUGGCAAUUUGCCAGCCCUUCCAGCAGUACGCCAAUGUCCGCCCUACCCGUGUCCUCCGCGGUACCCAAUCUCCCCUCCGCAACUGCGCCGAAGGCGAUCUGGACUGGGUCAUCAUCCGUGAGAACAGCGAGGGCGAGUACGCCGGCCAGGGUGGUCGCUCGCACCGCGGCUUCCCCUGGGAGACCGCCACCGAGGUCUCCAUCUUCACCCGCCACGGUGUUGAGCGUCUGAUCCGCUUCGCUUUCGAGACGGCCCGCAGCCGUCCCCGCAAGCUUCUCACUUUUGUCACUAAGAGCAAUGCCCAGCGUAACGGCAUGGUUCUCUGGGACGAGGUUGUCUAUGAGGUUGCCAAGGACUUCCCCGAUGUCUCUCUUGACAAGAUGUUGGUCGAUGCCAUGACCACAAGAAUGGUUCUCAACCCCAAGAGCUUGGACACCAUUGUGGCCACCAACCUUGUAAGUACAUGUUUGUCAAUUCAUUUUAGGUAUGAUCAGGGGACUAAUGACGGCUCCAGCACGCCGAUAUUCUCUCCGACCUCGCUGCCGCCCUUGCCGGCUCCAUCGGUAUCGCUCCUACCAGCAACUUGGACCCCAGCCGCAAGAACCCUUCCAUGUUCGAGCCCAUCCACGGCUCCGCCUUUGACAUCACCGGCAAGGGCGUCGCCAACCCCGUUGCUACUUUCUGGACCGCUGCCGAGAUGCUCGAGUGGCUCGGUGAGAAGGAGGCCGCGACGCAACUCAUGGAGUGCGUCGAGAACGUCACUGGCAAUGGUGUUGUCACGGCUGAUCUCGGUGGCAAGGCGACGACGAAGGAGGUCACCGCUGCCGUUGUGGCUGAGAUCAAGGCCAAGCUUGGCAAGAGCAAGCAAUAGAGGGUUACUUUGGCAGAAGGUAUAUGGGGGAAGAUUUAUGAUUGCGCCUGAGGAGGACCCGAGCUUACACGAUAGGAAGCACUGAGGAAAUAGAUUACCAGCGAUAUGUACAUUUACACAUCUGGAGCGCUUACAUAGCCGAAGGCGGUGUUAUUAAAUGGGAUUUUGAGCUACCUUACCUUUCAAGCCAUUGGGCACCGUCCGUGUCAAACGUCAAAUACGAAGUGGACGCAUUUGGAGUGUCACCCUCCUUCAUGAUUGAUGGUAGAACUCAACAGUCUACAUCGCUAUUAUGACCUCGAUCAACGAUCAAGAAGUCCCUAACAUCAUCCUAAUGUCUCUAGAAUAAUAGAUUGACCGAGAUACCCCCUGAGCUCCUUUAGAAAUCGCCAGUGUCGUCUUCAAAACAAAUUUUGAAGUCGAUAGAUGUUCCUAAAUAAGAGUUUGAUGAAAUAUAAUACCAUGAGUAGAAGGAAGAUGAUGUAAAUGCAAGUGCCUUUGGUAAGUAUGGUACG